AUGCAGUCUGCAAAGGAGGGGGAACCUUUUUGGGAGAGUCCUUGGGGUCCUGGAAAACCUGGAUGGCAUAUUGAGUGCAGUGCCAUGAGUGCUACAUAUCUAGGAGACUCUUUUGAUGUACAUGGUGGGGGGAUGGAUCUUGUUUUCCCCCACCAUGAAAACGAAAUUGCUCAAAGUUGUGCUGCAUGCAGCAAAAGCAACAUAAGCUAUUGGAUACACAAUGGAUUUGUCACCAUCAACUCGGUGAAAAUGUCCAAGUCACUUGGAAUUUUUUUCACAAUUCGUCAGGUUAUAGACCUUUGUCAUCCCCUGGCCUUGAGAGUUUUCUUGAUUGGGACACAUUAUUGGUCUCCUAUCAACUACUCGGAUGUCCAGCUUGAAAGUGCGUCUAACCCUGUUUUUUACAUCUAUCAGACAUUACAAGAUUGUAAAUAUGUUCUGAGCCAGCAUGAUGAGGCGAGUUGGAAGGACUCCAUUCCAUUAGAAACUGUGAAUUGCAUCAAUAAGUUUCAUGAAGAGUUUCUAACUUCAAUGUCAGAUGAUCUUCACAUUCCUGUUGUUUUGGCUGCCCUGUCUGACCCAUUGAAAACUAUUAAUGAUCUUCUUCAUACACGCAAGGUAUUUGUGAUGUGAUCUUAUAGAACUUCAUACAUGGGUUUAAUUCUGCAGAUUUAGUAUAAUUGUUUUGAUAUAUUUUUCUUGGGCAUAACUGACGUAACUCAUAUGGUUUGUUGACCUAAAUACACCAGUAAUUCCGUCAGCGGCAUUGGUGAAAUGCUGUUGAUACCCCCAAGUCUUCUUCUUCUACGUCUUCGUUUUCUCCCUUAUCAAUACCACCAUCGCCAUCCAUCAGCGUCACCACAACCACCCGUCACCGCAUCUUCCACAAUUUCCACCCACCAAUAUCUAAUAAUAUAAAAAAAGAACAGAAAGUAGAAUAAUAAACAGAUGCACACACAAGCACACAAACAAACACACACACACACAUAUAUGCACACAUGAGUUAAAAGAAUAGUGUGGUGAAAGGUGGGUUUUUAGGUUAGAGAAUGCUCACUAUUUUUCUAAUUCCAAAUUUCAUAACCUUUGUGUUUGAGCAUGUGCCUGGACUUGUUAGACAAAUUUCAUCGAGCGGCUUUUGGACAUAUGAUACAAACCUAUUGUUUGAACAUCUCACCCAAAACCAACUGGCAAUGGGUGGAGUAGCCUAUCAAGUAUAUAAAUCAAUAUUGGGCACUUGUCCCAUGACGCGAGAAAAAUGAAUGUUGGGGGCAGUUGAUGGGACUUUAGGCAGCUUGACAGCAAUAAAUGGGCGCGUGGACAAAUGUAGCCGUUAUAGAGCGCAAGGAUCGCUUGGGAAAAGCGCCAAAGAGUUACGACCUAGAGGGCUGAGUGUGCCCCUCAGAUCCUAGCAUUAAAAGGGAUAUGAUGGUUCAUUAAUGAGGUAUUGAGUAACUGUGAUAAGGUCAUUAAUGAGCAUCUGUAUCCUCGAAAAAUGUGAAGACAGACAUCAUUACAAGGCAUUAAGUGUCAUAACGCCACCUAAAUGUCCUCGGCAAACCUCGAGGGCGCUUAUUCCUAAGUAGUGAACGCUCGAGCGUUGGUGUGAAGCAUCGAGGGGAGGUAUUUAAUGAUUGGGGAUUGGGCCAUAAAGGCUCGGCCAAGGGUCUACUUGUCGGAGGGGGUUAAUCUUCAGGAGAUUUGACGUGAUAACACUUAUUAUGCUUGUAUAUGAGUGCAUAUCAUUAAAUUCUGAGAUGGGAUUCAAAGACCCCUCCACCAUUGCAAAUUCAAGUAUAAAUACCCCUUAAAAAACUGCUCUAAGAUAUGCAAUUCCAAUUGAGAAAAGACUAUUUUUAUGACACUUAUGUCGCCUGACUUGAGCUUCGUAGGGGAUUAGUUGGGUACACACCCGACCCCCUUUUCCUUGUCCUUUGUUUCAGGUUUGAUACUACUCAAGAUCGUUCCACAUAUUGCUAUCUCAACUUGUUGCAGGAAAUCACCCGUACAAUUUGGUGCCGUUUGUGGGAACUUGUGAACUAGCUUUCCCUAUGGCGAUAGUGUAAUGGUAAACACACGAUCCGAAGUUGAUUUGGGGGAUAGCCUAUGCGUGGGAAAUGCGGAAGUUAGCUGGCUCCCAGCAAUCACUGAAUCAGAUUUAGGGGUGGCAAUCGAGUCGUGUUGUGUCGGGUUCAUGUCGUGCCGAAUAUUAGUCGUGUCGAAUAUUAGUCAACCCAUACCCAACCCAUUAACUAUUCGUGUCGUGUCGAGUUGACCUAUUUAUUUUCGUGUCGUGUUCGUGUUCAUAUUCGUGUUGACCUACAUAAACUUUGAAUAAACAAUUUAACGCUAAGAUUUUAUUUUUACUUAAUUGAAUCUUUCCUCAUAUUUUUUCUACAAACUAAAAAAUAAAUUAACAAUAAUAAUAAUAACAAUAAUGAGUAAUAAUAUUUUUUUUAUACAAUAAUUAUGUUAAUACUUGAUAAAUAGUUAUAAAUAAUUACUAUUUUAUUUAUAUAAUACUAAUUAAAUAUGUU